CAUCCCAUUCAUUCUUGCUGCAGACUUUAUCCAGGAAUUACGCCUUCUCGUCCACUCUUGAGUUGCCCAUCUUUUAUCAUGUGCCUUAAGAUUCAUGUUGGUGCACACAUAACGACAAACUAGAAGAGCUAGGGCAUUUAUAUACAGACACACACACAUGUCAAGAUCUGAACUCAACUGUAUGUGGAUAAUAUGAUCAUGAUAAUGGCCGUGUUCAUAAUCAUGCUAAAAAAGAAAGACUCACUUUGCUUACUUUAAUAUGCGCAGGAGCAUUACUAAACCAAGUUCCCAUACAAACAUAGUCAAAAUAUGGGACUAAUCAUGCUUUUCCUGCAGUUGGAGAUUGCAUUUUGGUAGCCGCAUUUUCUUGAGACCAACCCGGAUGUACUUGCAUGAGCAUACUUUGGGAUUUCUACUGCACUUUUUGAGUUGGAAACUAACUGAGAAGCAGGCUUUAGUGUUCAUGAAUUGUGGUGCGUAUGGCUAGUUAAUAGAUUAUUUGGAAAACAGAGCACUUCGAUUGGCUUCAUAUGGGGGGGACCAGGGCAAGUUUCUUGGCUCUAAAGGGAUCUAAUUCUAAAUGGAGAUCAUCAUGACUGACUUGAGUCCUGAUCUGCAGCUAAUAUGGAUGCUUGUAGUCUUUGAAGUCUCUGCUUUUCAUGAAUAUUGUUAUUUGAAGCUAAUGGGUUGAUGCCUGUGUAUGCUAUUCCAGGCCGGUCCACUGACCAUUUCUAGUAUAAUUGACUUCGAGUGCGGCUGCUCUAAAGUGCUUCGAGGAAUGUUUUACAGAGGAAAUACUUCGUUUCCUGUUCAAGACUUGUUAAUUCCAACUUGGUUUCAUUUCCACUAAAAUAUUUCUCUCUUUCGGCCCACCUGUGAAUAUGAUUCAGCCUAGUUUUGGACGUUACUUUAUUACUGGCUGCUGCUUGCUUAAAGUGUAAUUAUCCCCCCCCUCUCACAGGCAGUACUGAACUUACAUGUUAAGUACAUCACCCCACCACGAGAAUUCAAAACACUCGACGACUCUACUCAUUGCGCAAACCUCCAAUGGAGUCACAAUCUCAAAAGAAGUCACUUGACAGGAUCAGUUCGGUCCAAGAACCAGCAUGCACCAAUCCUUCAUGUUUCUUUUGCACCAUGAACGAACAAGACCCGUCUCUCAGAAAAGCCAAACUAGCUCGAUGCUUCAAAGAAAUGCCCCUGAGAGAUGAUCAAGAACACGUCUUGGUCCUACGUGGGAUCUGGAACAUUGCCAUGACUCAACCUGAUGAUCCUGAGUUCCCCUCCCUUGGCGUCUUUGAGUGCAUGGGAAAACUGAUCCAGAGAGCCGUUAACGAUAAGGAAUGGCUUCUUAGAGAUCAAAACAUCUACAUCCCAUACUAUGCAGCGCAUAUUAUUGGUUCAUACACCAUGAACAAAGUUCAAUUUGCCGAGAAAGCAGUUAAAUCGAAUGUGGUUCUGCCUCUAAUAGAACUUCUGAGAGGCAAAAUCAGUUGGGUUGAGCAAAGAGUUGCGGUUCGAUCACUAGGCCACUUGGCUAGCCAUGCGAGAACCUUUGAAGCCAUUGCCGAGCAUGAAGUUGAAAUCAUAAAGUUGGCCAUGGAAAUAGCUUGCAAUUGCAUUAAAACUGUCUAUAGAAGGUUUAUUGGUGUUAAAGAUAGCAAGAGAGUGAAGUACCAUUCGGACCUGCUUACAACUGGGCUUGGAGACUUGGAGAUAGAGAACAGAAAGGCUGAGGAAUGGGCUAGUCAGUUACAGUGCUGGUCUUUGCAUCUCUUAAACUGCUUUGCUUGCAAAGGAAGAUCACUAAAUCUUAUCUGCAACAAACACUUCCUGAAGGGGUUGGGCGGCAUGUGGGGUGGCUUGGCAAAUUGCGCAUCGCCUGGUGGAAUAGGAUGCAUCAGAACUCUGUGCAACUUCAAGUCUGGAAGAGAGAGUUUAGCGAAUUCCAAAGAAGUGAUAGAGAUUUUAUGCAAUAUCUCAAGAUCUUCUGAUGAUUGGCAGUGUAUGGCUAUUGAAUGUCUUCUCUUACUUCUAAAAGACACAGAUACAAGAUAUAUAGUCAUAAACACCGCAGCUUUAUCUCUGGCUGAUUUGGUAGAGCUAAGAAGCCUUAAUGAAAGAAAAAAAGUCGGAGAAGCAAUAACACAGGCACUCUUACAGGAUUACCAUAAGAUCAAAUAUGGUGACUUAAAGUUGAGUAGCCAAGAUGCUGAGAGAGCAUUAAAGGAGACAUGGGAUUUGAUGGUAGAGAGAAGAAAGAGAGAGGAGCUAAUGUCUGAAGAAGAGCUGAAAGAGAGAAAAAACUUGGUAGUCAUGCUGAAACAAGAAGGAAACAAGAAGUUUUGGUCUGGCCACAUUGAAAAAGCUGUUACCAGAUACACAAAAGCCCUGGAUUUGUGUCCAUCAAAGAUGAGAAAGGAGAGAAUAGUUCUGUACAGUAAUAGAGCUCAGGGUUAUUUGCUGCUUAACAACCCUGAAGCUGUAAUCAGUGACACAACUAGAGCCUUGUGCCUAUCCACUACAGCGAAUCCUCACAGGAAGAGCCUUUGGAGAAGGGCACAGGCUUAUGAUAUGAAAGGGUUAGCUAAGGAGAGUUUGAUGGACUGCUUAAUGUUCAUCCAUGGACGCAUGAAAGCUGAGAAAAACAAGAACGCCAAGAUCCCAUACUUCGCAGCACGUAUGAUUCACAAGCAAAUGAAUGCAACAUGGCUUUUCGCAACUGUUGCCAAGUCAAAAGACAAAUAUGAAGCUGAAGUAGAAAAACCAAAAGUACUAGAGCAUGGAGAGGACCAAUGCCAAGUGACAGAGAUCAAAGAAAGAAAUGUUCCAGACGGAUCGUUCAUGGAAGGGGAAUGGAGAAGUAGAAGCAAGGAAGGUAGGUCAAGGCAGAGAAAAGACGCUGCUGGCCAUUGCUGCAGAAUUGGCAGCUCAAGAUGCAGUGAGAUUUGUUGAACUACUGUGUAAAUCCGAGAAAUGAAUUUGGAAGCUUCGAGGCAGAUCAACGUCCUAUUGUAUGGCCAUUCCCAUAACAAUAAUAAUAGAAACAGAGAGACAUGGACUUGCUUAUAUUACUGUAACAAGCUAGAGCUAGUAUAAAUUAAAAGCACUGCCAUCCAGCCACUGCUCACGAUUUCAAAGCUGUCUUCGUUGAUACCUGAAGGCCAUUUAAAUUUUAUACUUUUGUUGCCUUA